AGCAGACCAAAUUGUAGUUGUAUAUUUUAGUGCUAGCGAAAUUGUGAAUUUUGGCCAAUAAAUAUCAAAUUGUAAUGUGCCAGAGCGACUCGACGAUUCGUGCGUUGGCGGCGUGUUAGAUUAGUGCGAGAAACGAUUCGCGUUCGAGUGAACUAUGACCCCUUCUGGCCGCCGUAGCAACGGUGCCCCUGCAUUUUAGCGAAAGGAAACACUUAAUGCCCAAUAAAAAGCGCACGCGCGCAUAAAAUGCACCAUUAAAGGCCACAGAACUUAAAGUUUUUCAUAGCAAACAGCUGGGAGCAGCGAGAGUAUCACAAAUUACAUUGGCUGAAACGGAAUUACAUAAAUCGAGCCAACCAAGCGCCAUGCGAGCCUCCAUUCCGCCUGGCAUUCGAGUGGUGCGCGGACCCAAUUGGAUCUGGUCGAAUCAAGACGACGGAGAAGGUCACGUUGGAACCGUUUGCGAAAUCGGACGUUGCGGAUCAACACACUCGCCGGAAAACACUGUCGUGGUCAACUGGGAUUCCGGACACCGGACCAACUACCGGGUGGGCUAUCAAAACCAGUACGACUUGAUAAUUGUGGAUAAUGCCCAAGUUGGAGUUCGUCACCCGAAUGUCGUCUGCGAUGGCUGUUCUAAGGCGGGCAUUGCCGGCAUAGUAUUCAAGUGCGCCCAGUGUGCCAACUACCACCUCUGCGCCUACUGCUACGCAGAGGAUCUGCACGACGUGGAGCACCCGUUUGUCCGCUACACCUCGCCCAACUCCCUGGGCGUGCGAGUGUCAACGAGAAAGGGCUCCAAGCGCAUCCAGCUGCGGGGCAUCUUCGUUGGAUCCAAGGUGGUGCGCGGUCCGGACUGGGAGUGGAGCGAACAGGACGGCGGCGAGGGCAAGACGGGGCGGGUAAUGGAAAUCCGGGGCUGGGACAACGAAUCGUGUCGCAGCGUGGCCAACGUAUCGUGGGUAACCGGAUCGACGAACGUCUAUCGUCUGGGCCACAAGGGCAACGUGGAUCUGAAGUACAUAACUGCUACGUGCGGCGGCCAUUACUACAAGGACCACAUGCCUGUGCUGGGACAGCCGGAGGAGUUGCAGCCGGUGGCGCCGAUGGUGAAGCCAAGCUUCCAUGUGGGCGACCGCGUCAAGGUGUGCCAGGAGGUGGAUGCCCUGAUGAAGCUGCAGCAGGGCCAUGGAGGAUGGAAUCCGCGCAUGGUCGAGCAUUUAUCCAAACUGGGCACUGUGCAUCGCAUCACGGACAAGGGCGACAUACGUGUCCAGUAUGAGAACUGUCCCAAUCGAUGGACCUUCCAUCCCGCCGCCCUCGUAAAGGUUGUCUCUUUUCGCGUCGGUGAUCUGGUCACCAUUAUCAACGAUGCCAACAAGGUGCAGCAGUUGCAGAAGGGCCACGGCGAAUGGAUCGAAAUCAUGCGACACGCCCUUGGAAAGAUUUGCAAGGUUGUGAAGGUGUACUCGGACGGCGACUUGCGUAUUCAGCAGCUGGACGACGGCUUCGAAUGGACCCUUAAUCCGAAAUGUGUCAAACUUGAGCGAUCGCCGCUGGCCACGGCCGCUGAACGCUCCAACAGCAUGAUGGAUCUUAGCCAUCGGCGAGCGGACCACGUCAUGACACCGCUUUCGGGGCUCUCGGGCAGCUCGGUGGCGGACAAACUGGUGCGGGAGGCCGCUCAGGGUCAUUUGGACUUCGUGCGCCAGUAUCUGGACGUGAAUCCCGGCCAGGUAGACGUGAUGAGUGGCGGAAAGGCCUGCAUUCAGGUCGCCUCGCACCAGGGCUACGUCGACCUUGUCAGCUACCUCAUCUCGAAGGGUGCCAAUGUGAACGCGGUUGACAAGGAGGGCGACUCUGCCCUGCAUUACGCAGCCUUCGGCAAUCAGCCGGCCACGAUGCGUGUGCUUCUGCAGCACGGAGCCGAGGUGAACUUCCUCAAUUCGAGCCACUGCUCCGCUCUGCACAUCUGCGCGCACAAGAAAACGCCGCACUGCGUCCGCGAGCUGCUGCAGCAUAACGCCAACGUGAACAUCCAGGACUCGUACGGUGAUACGGCGCUUCACGACGCCAUCGGCAAGGAGAACACGGAGGUGGUGGAGUUGCUUUGCAAUGCCCCCAACCUGGACUUUACGGUCAAGAACAAUCGCGGCUUCAAUGUGCUCCAUCAUGCGGCGCUCAAGGGCAAUGUGGUGGCCGCCCGCCGCAUCCUGCUGCUCUCGCGCCAGCUGGUCAAUGUGCGCAAGGACGAUGGCUUUGCGGCCCUUCACUUGGCCGCCCUUAACGGACAUGCGCAGGUUGUGGAAACGCUGGUCACCGAGGGACAAGCGGAGCUGGACAUACGCAACAAUCGCCGGCAGACGCCCUUCCUACUGGCCGUCUCACAGGGACAUGCCGGGGUGAUCGAGCGACUAGUGCGUCUCUCCUGCGACGUGAACGCCAAGGAUGAGGAUGGAGACAAUGCCAUGCAUCUGUGUGUGAUCAAGAAGUCCAAUCUGCAGUCCGCAGCCGAACCGCAGCCCGAGGAGGCACCUGAGAUCCACAAGUUUUACCUGAGUCUAGUGGAGACGAGCGUGCGGGCCGAGGAUCGCCUGAUGUACAGCAUCCUGAUCUAUCUUUCGAGGGCCGGCUGCCGAGUGGAGCUGAACAACGCCAAUGCGAGUAUUUUUGAGUGGAUUACGGACCUAAACAUCAGGAAGCUGAUCUUCGGGCAGCAGGGCGAAGUAGAGACACUGCCCAGGAACCUCCAAGCCUUGGAAAUGUCCGCACCCACUGCCUCUGGCGAGGAUGUGCCAACUGUGGCUGGAGCAGAAUCCAAUGGAGCUGGUCCAGCAGUAGCGGCACCGAUGCCACCGCAGCGCCAGCAACUAGAUCUAAUGCCAAAGCCAAACGAGAUACCAUCCGCUUCAUCAGCAGCCGCCGCUCCAUCGACGCCCUCGGCCUCGCCGGGCGUGAAGAAGCUGAACUCGGACGCAGUGCAGCAGAAUGUCUCGCCGCAGGUGGCGCCGCGCAAGAAGGCUCCCAAGCCACCGGUGACCUCAAGCUCGAGCAGCACAGCGUUGGAGGCCGGGGCGGCGGGUCUUGGCCCAAGUCUGGUGAUCGUGUCCGGUCCCCAGGAGUGCAUCGUGUGCAAUGAGAUCCUGCAGCUAGUGCGCUUUGAGCCGUGUCAGCACCAGAUCGCCUGCGAGGAGUGCGGCAUCCGGAUGAAGAAGUGUCUGCGCUGCGGCGUGGUAAUCGAGCGGCGUCUGACCGCCAGCGGGCGGAUAGUGGCCCUGCCCACGUCCACUUCCUCACCGAGUGACCCCACACGCCUGCCGUCCGGGGAUCUGCUGCGCUACCUGGAGAACAAGGUGCAGGAGUUCGAGGAGUCGCACUUCUGCGGCAUCUGCAUGGAACGCAAGCGGGACGUGGCCUUCCUCUGCGGCCACGGAGCCUGCUCCCACUGCGCCGAAACGCUCCGCACAUGCCACAUGUGUCGCAAGACAAUACUCAAGAAGAUCAACCUGUACUGAGCAGCGGAAACGGAUACGGAUACGACAGCAAGAUCGGAUCAGCAGCAAUUCAACCAGCAACCAAAGUGGCUUGUAUAUAUAUAUCAUACACAAAAUCAACACUGAAAACACACCCAACACACACCCACACGAACUAUUUAUUUAUUGAACACCGACGACGAAUUUGAAGCGCUCUUUUUGUAACGGUUUAUCAACGGCAUCGUAUACAUAAACAAUUUAUUGUGCACCCUUCACGUGUCUAGUUAUUAGCCUCGUUUAACCAUGUCUGGUAACGAUAAAAACAAAUAGGAAACAAACUAAAUGCAUAAAUAUAUUUAAUAGUCAUUUAAUUGCAAAUAUACAAAUAUAAAACAUAAA